CGCCUGACUUCGGACUGAGCCCUGGAGUGGCCUCCUCCGCCGGGGGCAGCCGGAGCAUGGAUCGCCCGCGGCCCCUCGGGGCGCUGGAGCCGCGGCCGUCUGCGGGGAGCGCCCGGGCAGCCCCGGGCGGCGCGCGCGGCGAGGGCGCCUCGGGCCGGCGCGCGGAUUGAUCGGCCUCGCGCGGGGCCCGCCUGCCCCGGCAGCUGGAGGCUCUCCCUACUCCGGCGCCCCGCUCGGCACCCCCCCUCCCCCCGCCGGAGCUCGCCUGCCGCGUCGGAGCCCGCGCUCCCGCUUCGCCGCUGGGGGGACCCAGCCGUGGGAUGUGGCCCGCUUGGGGCACCUGGAUGGCCGCGGAUCGCUCGCCGAGAGACGCCCGCGGCGCAGGCGAGGCGUAGCGGGCGGACCCUCCGCCUUUCCGACGACCUCCUCGGACCCCGGUGCGCGGGGCCGGAGAUCCGUGGCGCGGGAGGGGCCUCCCCUGCGCUCCUUUCGCGAAAAGACUGAAGUGAGAAGCAGCCGCCGCCGCCGCCGCCCUUUGGGGGGGGUCUGAGUUUUCUGGUUCUCCCCCGCCCCCCCGGGGAGGCCAAGCUAUGGCUGCGAAAGAGAACCCCUGCCGGAAAUUCCAGGCGAACAUUUUUAAUAAAAGCAAGUGUCAGAAUUGCUUCAAGCCUCGGGAAUCGCACCUGCUGAACGACGAAGAUUUGAGCCAGGCCAAGCCUAUUUAUGGUGGAUGGCUUUUACUGGCUCCAGAAGGCACUGAUUUUGACAACCCUGUGCAUCGUUCGCGGAAAUGGCAACGCCGCUUCUUCAUCCUUUACGAACACGGCCUUCUCCGCUACGCCUUGGACGAGAUGCCCACCACCUUGCCACAGGGAACCAUCAACAUGAACCAGUGUACGGAUGUGGUGGACGGCGAGAAUCGGACUGGGCAGAAGUUCUCGCUGUGCAUCUUGACGCCAGAGAAGGAGCACUUCAUCCGAGCUGAGAACAAGGAAAUCAUCAGUGGGUGGCUGGAGAUGCUGGUGGUCUAUCCAAGGACGAACAAGCAGAAUCAAAAGAAGAAAAGAAAAGUGGAACCCCCAACUCCACAGGAACCUGGCCCAGCGAAGAUGGCCGUGACCAGCAGCAGCAUCCCCAGCGCAGAGAAGAUCCCCACCACCAAGUCCACCCUUUGGCAAGAAGAAUUGAGAGGCAAAGAUCAGGUUGAUGGGAAUGCAGGCCUCAGCCCGGCCCCCGGCCCUCUGCAAGGUCAGGCACCCCCAGCUUGCUCCCUGAAGGGGCCAGUCCUGGAAAGCAAAGAAGAGGAGGGUGCCGUGAAUGGUGACCGCAACGAUUGCGGGCGGAAGACGCGGGUGGAAAGUGGCUAUUUCUCCUUGGAGAAGACCAAGCAAGAGGCCAAGCCAGAGGAGCAGCAGAUGCCGAGCCUGCCGUCUCCCCUGAGCCCCUGCACGCCUAACGACAGGUACGGUGACCCCCAAUCGCAGGAGCAGAGCGGUUCCUUUCCUUCCCCAGGUUCCCGGCCGGCCAGUCGAAUGGUGCACAGUUUCUCUCUCAAUUCCCUGGACUCCAAAGGCGCACGCCUCUCCGGGCGCAAGGCAUCUGCUGGCCGUGACGGGGCGAGGAUGGAGGAGCGAGCCAACGGGCUGGUUUCCUUUAAGGCUAGCCGCCAAUACUCCACCCUGGCUGACGUCCCCAAGGCUAUUAGGAUCAGUAACCGGGAUGCCUUCCAAGUGGAGCGGAAACGGCUCGAGCGCAGCUCCCGGGCCCGGAGCCCCGGACGAGAGGAAGUAGCCCGGCUCUUCGGGAACGAAAGGAGGCGGUCCCACGUAAUUGAAAAAUUUGAGGCUCUGGAUAUCGAGAAUGCCGAACACAUGGAAAUCAGUGCUUCCUCCGGUCCCACUCUUUCUAGUGAAACUCGGCAGGGCAGGAGCGAAAAAAGGGUUUUCCCUAGGAAACGGGAUUUAGUUGCUGAAACAGCAAGCGGGUCCAUCCCGGAUGUGUCAACUUCUCCUUUGUCGCCACACCGGAGAGCUAAAUCGCUGGACCGGAGGUCUACGGAGUCCUCCAUGACUCCGGAUUUGCUGAACUUCAAAAAGGGAUGGCUGACGAAGCAGGAUGAAGAUGGGCAGUGGAAGAAACACUGGUUUGUGCUGACGGAUCAGAGCCUGAGAUACUACCGGGAUUCUGUGGCAGAGGAGGCAGCUGAUCUGGAUGGGGAAAUCGACUUGUCCACGUGUUUUGAUGUCACGGAGUACCCGGUCCAGCGGAAUUACGGUUUCCAGAUCCACACUAAAGAAGGACAGUUCACUCUCUCUGCUAUGACAUCUGGAAUUCGCCGGAACUGGAUCCAGACCAUUAUGAAACAUGUUCGUCCCACAGUCGCUCCAGAUGUGACCAGGAAAAGCUUCUCUUUGAAAUUAUCCGUGCUGAAGCCCAGCUCUCUGCCAGAGGAGAAAAGCAAAAACAGCACCUCCUUUGAGGCUUGUUCCAAGCCAAGCGAGAAGCAGGACACAGAGCAAGCCGAGAUCGACCCCGAACACAAGCGCAGUCGGGCCAGGGAACGCCGGCGAGAAGGUCGCUCCAAAACCUUUGACUGGGCUGAGUUCCGCCCCAUCCAGCAAGUCUUGGCUCAGGAGCGAGCAAAUUUGGCAGAGACGCUCAAGGACAGCUGCGCUCCUUUCCCCAAGGAACCCGGCCCCUCGGAGGCAGAGCCUGGGGAUCUGGAGCGAGAACGUGCUCGCCGUCGGGAGGAGAGAAGGAAGCGCUUCGAACAUUUGGAUGCUCCUGACGGGGGAAGCCCAGAAGACCUCUCCAGGAUGGAGGUGGACCGGCUUCCGGGGUCGCCUGCUGCUUCAGAGGCCAAGUCCCAAAACGUCCACGUGGAGAUCGAGCAGCGGUGGCAUCAGGUGGAGACCACGCCUCUGCGGGAGGAGAAGCAGGUCCCCAUCGCCCCGUUACACCUCGCCCACUCGGAGGACAACAGCGAGACGCUCCAUAAGCAGCACUUCACCACACUCAUGGAAAAGGAGCUGGAACAGAGUCAAAAGGCAGCUUCAGAACUCCUGGAACAGAACCGUGUCCUACAAGACCAGCUAAAAAUAGCCUUGGGACGUGAGCAAAGUGCUCGAGAAGGUUAUGUCCUGCAGACUGAGGUGGCCUCAUCCUCAUCAGGGGCCUGGGAGAGGCUCCAUAAAGUCAAUAAAGACCUCCAGGGCGAAUUGGAAGCUCAGUGCCAGCGCCAGGAGCUGAUAAAUCAGCAGAUCCAGUCGCUUAAACGUAGCUAUGGGGAGGCCAAGGACGUCAUCCGGCAUCAAGAAGCAGAGAUCCAGAGCUUGCAAGCGAGACUUAGCAAUGCUGCUGCAGAGCUCUCCAUCAAGGAGCAGACCUUGGCCAAGCUGAAGAGUGACCUGAAGGUCGAGAAGAAGAAAGCUGAAGAGCAGAUGGAAGAAUGGCAGCACAGUGAAACGGCUCUGAAUUCCCAGCUGAAGGCCAGUGAGCAGAAGCUGAAGAAGGCAGAAGCUCUCCUCUUGGAGAAGACCCAAGAACUCAGAGAUCUAGAGAUGCAGCAGGCUUUGCAGAGAGACUAUCUGAAAGAAGUCCAGCGGCUCCAGGAUCGGAUUGCUGAUCUGAGCCUGCAGCUGAGUGCCAGUGAGCAGUCCCGAAUGCUGAUGGAGAAGAAGCUCCAGAAGAAUUACGAGUCUCUGCUAGAAAGCUGCGAGAGGGAGAAGCAAGUUUUGAUCCAGAGCUUGAAGGAAGUGGAAGAUAAAGCCAGCGAAUAUGAGAACCAGCUUCAGAAGAACGAACAGCAGAAGGAAAUCCUGCUGAAGGAGAAGCUGACUGCCAAGUUUGAAAGCAGCGAAAUAGUCCAUCAGUUGGAGGACCAGCUAGAAAUGAAAGAAACCAGCAUCCGGAAGCUUGUUGAACAUAUCCAAAGUCUUGAGGAGGAAAGGGAUCAAAUUAAAUGCCGGUUCCAGGAGCUGAUGAACCAAGUUGCAGAGUCAGACAAUGAGGUUGCCAAGCUGCAAGCAAAGCUGCGACUGGAGGAGAGCAGCUACCACACCCUGGAGCGUUCCUGUGAGAUGGCGUCGGAGCAGUUCCAUAACUUGCAGCAGAUUUUGAAAGAAAAAGAGGAGGAGUUGAAACAAGUGAGGGAAACCCAUUUGAGCUUUGUUGAGAACCAGAAUUGGGACUUCCGUGAACCUCCUUUAAAACUGGCUGCUGCUGGUAGCAGUCAAGAGGAAAAAGAAGACAACUCGGUCAAAGGAGAUGAUUUGAAAACAUCAGCUGAUGGCAGUGCUGGGCUGGGUGUUGCAACAAACACAGCCGGUACUGGCAAUGUUGACGAUUCAGCACAGUAUUCCCCAAAGCAAGCAAGACUCUCAGCCCUAGGAUGCAUGCCCGUUGAUGAUAGUGAUGAAGGACCCAGUACCAGUCAGAGGCAAAUCUCUGGACAUACUUUGGUGAGCGUAGAAGAGUGUUGCUCUCCAUCAGAGUCAGCGGAUCUUCAAGAAAUAGAGGUUUGUCAGAAAGAUUCAACAAAACUCGAUGCAGGAAUUCCAGGAGCCAAAAGGCAAAGGAUACGCUUCUCCAAUAUCCAGUGCCAAAAAUAUAUUCAUCCUGAUGGAUCGGAGAAAAUGUGGGCCAGCAGCACUUCCUCUGACACUAGCCAGGAGAGGUCACUUUCAGAAGAAAGCAUGGCCUCAGACCCAGCUUUUUGUUACCCAGCCUCGGGUGAUUCUGAGACCUACUUAUCUAUCAUUCACUCCCUGGAAACCAAACUUUAUAUCACAGAAGAAAAACUCAAAGAUGUAACGAUGAAACUUGAAAGCCAACAGGGCCAAAAUCAGGACACCCUUAUCACUCUUCACCACCAGUGGUCCAGCAUUGAAACGCAGCUUAGAGAACAGCUUCAAAACAGCUUGACUCAAAUUCGAGAGUUGGUUUCACAGGUAGAAAGUGAGAAGCAAGAAAAACUCAAAUUGAAUGAGAACCACAUCCACGAGCUGGGCAGACUCCAUGAAAAUACUAGCCGAGCAUUAAUCUGUUUAAAUCAGUGCAGGGAAGAGCUUAAAAAUGUAGGCCCCUCUGAAGAACAGAAAGAGGACGAGAUGUUUUGGGAUGCUCUGUCUGGGAUUGAAAGUACUUUAAUGGAUGCCAUCCAGAUGUUACAGAAGGCCCUUCCUCCACCUGAGGGCCAACCAGAAGAGCAUUCUGCAGUCCACGCUUUGCAGACUAAAGACAUCUGUGGGGAUGAGGAGAAUGCUUCUCCCCAACAGAUGCAACAGCUGGAAUUUUCUGUGCAAGAACAGCUGAGGCUACUUUCCAGGAGGGUGGCUUUUGAAGCCCGCUUGAUCGACCAGAUAGCAGCGUCUUUGACAGAUGCCUCUUCAAAGAUCUCCGUGACUCUUAGAGAGAUCCAUGCUACUAUAGAUGCAGUCUUAUUGGAGCCUUCAAAUAUUUCGCACACUGCUCUGGCUUUGGCUGACGUCUUGUCUAAGAAGCUCUUGUUGGAAGAUGAAUUUUGGAGCCAGGUAGAAGAAUUAAGAAAGCACUUGAGGGUCAAGGAAGAAGAGGAAGAGGGGGAAGUGGGGACUCUGGACUUCCCACGGUACCUCAUUCACUCAGUGACAGACAGCACCCUGGUUAAAGCAGAGCUAGGCUUUGUGGCUCAGAAAAUGAGAGAAUCCUUCCAUCAGAGGCUAAAGGCCAUGGAAGAAGAUCUCCACAAUGCCAAAACAGCCCUUCAGCAGCAUAAGUGCAUGCUGGAGGAAAUCAUUAAAGCGUACAAGACUCCCGAAUUUGAUGGGAUUAUGCACCAGAUCUCCAAAGCUCUUGAAAUCCAAGAAGGCGCUUCAGAAGCCGCCCAGCCGACUCGGGAUGUCAGCCUUCAGGGCCACGUUUUGGAAGCCCAUCGUUUGCAGGAUCUCAGCAGUGAAGCUCUGGCUGCUAUUCAGGGUGAGCUGGCUGAGCAGCUCAAAGACAAAGCCAGCGUUCUUAAAGAACUUGCCACUGCCCUUCUCUCUGUGUCCCCUGACAACGCCUUGAAAGAUUGCCACAAGCUCCUGAAAAUUUCUUGCAGCCCUCCUUAUGAGAUGUGCAUGGGGGACCUUGAACGCUACUCUUCUCUGCUAGUUCAGGAUGCGAUCGUUCAGGCCCAAGUUUGUUACGGGGCCUACAGAGCAAGGCUGGAGUUCACAAAGGAGGCAAAGCUGUACAAAGAGUCUCUGCAAAAUAUGGACGCCUUAUGUCAGGAGCGACUCCGGGCAGUCGCCGUCCUCAGGGAAGAGUAUGAAGGAUUGCUCCGAAAGCAGCAGAGCGAAUUCGCUGAGAUGAUUGCUAUGCUCAACAGAGAGAAUGCGGAGCUCAGAGCCCAAGUGGAGCAGCUGGACAGUCAGCGAAGGCUCCUGGAAGAGGAGGAACGUAAGCAGAGCCAAAAAAUAGCAGAACUUCAGAGCCAGUACGACGAGGAGAUGCAGAAGGCCGUUGAGCAGCUCAGCAGGACCGAGGACACACUGCGGGCGGAACGAACCGAGGGGAUCCACCGGUUGGAUGCCCUUAUGCAAGAUAAGCAGAACUUGGAAAGAUACCAUCUUGAACAAAUGCAAGAUUUAGAGGAUAAGUUCCAGGUCAAGAUGAAAGAAAUCCAGGUCCUCCACGAUGAGGAGCUGCAGAUCUUGCAGGAGCGCUACAACCAUCAUCUCCAGUGCCUGAAGGAAUCUUUGGAGGAGUACCAGAAAAAGCAUCCAGAAGGCCUGGCCAGGAUCGCCUCUGGUGCAGAAGCACCGGGGGGAGCCCAGCACGAUAGUGGAAUCCAGGUCUUCGGAAGUGAUCCGAAUGCCCUACAUGGAUUGAGAGAACGCAUCCAGGAACUGGAAUCCCAGAUGAACGUCAUGAGAGAUGAGCUGGAGAACAAGCACCUGGAAGGGAAUGUGCCCACCUUGAGGGAGAAAUACCAGAAGGACUUUGAGAACCUUAAGGCGACAUGCGAACGAGGGUUUGCAGCCAUGGAAGAGACGCAUCAGAAGAAGAUAGAGGACUUGCAAAGGCAGCAUCAGCGAGAACUGGAGAAGUUGCGAGAAGAGAAGGACCGGCUGCUGGCGGAGGAGACGGCUGCGACCAUCUCCGCCAUAGAAGCAAUGAAGAACGCUCACCGGGAGGAACUUGAGCGGGAGUUGGAGAAAACUCAGCGCUCCCAAAUUAGCAGCAUCAAUUCAGACAUUGAAGCUCUCCAGAGACAAUACUUGGAGGAACUGCAGUCUGUCCAGCGGGAACUGGAAGUCCUUUCAGAACAAUAUUCACAGAAGUGCUUGGAAAAUGCACACCUUGCCCAGGCUCUGGAGGCAGAGAGGCAGGCCCUCCGGCAGUGCCAGCGGGAGAACCAGGAACUCAACGCGCACAAUCAGGAGCUGAACAACCGCCUGGCGGCAGAGAUCACCCGGUUACGGACGUUGCUAACUGGGGAAGGGGGGGUCGAAACUGCUGCAUCUCCCCUCACCCAAGGCAAGGAUGCCUAUGAGUUAGAGGUCCUGUUGCGAGUUAAGGAAUCGGAAAUCCAGUACUUGAAGCAGGAGAUCAGCUCCUUGAAAGAUGAAUUGCAAACAGCAUUGAGGGAUAAAAAAUAUGCCAGUGACAAAUACAAAGGCAUCUACACGGAGCUCAGCAUCGUCAAAGCCAAGGCAGACUGCGAUAUCAGCAGAUUGAAAGAGCAGCUGAAGGCAGCCACCGAAGCGCUUGGUGAAAAGUCUCCUGAAAGCACCGCCAUGUCUGGAUAUGAUAUCAUGAAAUCCAAAAGCAAUCCUGAUUUCUUGAAGAAGGACAGGACCAGUAUUGGCCGGCAACUAAGAAAUAUCAGGUCAAAGAGUCUGAAGGAAGGCCUGACGGUGCAGGAGCGCCUUAAGCUCUUCGAAUCCAAGGACUUGAAGAAAGACUAAUUUUCUCCUUCGUUUCCAGCUGGGCUGCGUGCACCACCCUGCUUGCUGCAUCACAACAACACAAGCACCCUUCUUUUUCUUCUGCUCUUUUUUAUUAUAUUUUGCUUGGUUGGGAGGGGAGAUUUUUAUCGAGCUGCUCCAGAUGAACAGACUGAACAAUUCCAGCCGUUUUUCUGUCCAUCACCAGAGGGAUAAAAUCUCUGUUUCUCAGCCUUAGCGAGUUUAAGAUGUGUGGACUUCCACUCCCAGAAUUCCCCAGCCAGCCAUGCUGGUUGGGGAAUUCUGGGAAUGGAAGUCCACACAUCUUAAACUUGUUACGGUUGAGAAACAGUGGGCUAAACAGAUUCCCUGACGGUCCUGAAUUAAAAAGUCCCUACUUUCGGCAAGAAUGCAGGGAGAGGGUCUCUUUAAAGAAAAAAAAAUCCUUCCUACUAUAUGUCCAUUAUACUAAGUGUCAGUAUUAAGGCUUAACAGCCUAUUGAUAAGCUAGCUCUGUUUUACCGAUGUGUGGGUAUCACAACAGGGCCCUGGGAAGGGAAAGGGGAGGGAGGACACACCUCCAGCUUAGCUCUACUGGUGUUGAGAGUAACACAGCACUUAGGCCGAUGUUUUGAGCCCAACGUUGCAGCUCGGAAGCAAAUUGGGUUUGGCGUGGCAAGCUCCCCAUCACCCUAGAUGGCUGACAAGCAGAACAAGGCUUGCUUCUCUGAGGGGGAAAAGGCACUCUAGGCUGGCCUUGAGUAGCAUCUUGAUGGUUCUGUUGUGUGCUUAGCAGGGAUUCGGUCCUUAAUGUACCUUAGCAACUUUCCAAUUUUUUUUUUAAACUGAGCCAGCAUAGAGCCAUGGUUAAGAUGUGACUGACUCCACAUUAGUCAGGAUCUUGGAAAAACAUCAUCCUUAAGAUCACUGGCAAUGGUUACCCCCUUCCAGUUACGGUUCACCCUUUCUCCUAGCCUCAGUGGGUUUAGUGCCUAUGUAAAAGCAGGACUCAAGACACUUGUCUGCCAUGGACUGAGAAAUCAGGCUUUACCCUGAAGUGCAGGUCCUUGUUCCUUCAAGGUGGCCUUUGAAGGAAAAAGAAAAUGGAUUGUAUUUCUCCUCAGGAAUCUAUUUCAGCCAGUUUCCACCAUGAGACUGCCCGGAGUAGUACAGAAUUGUAAAUAGAAGGGCACAGAAAGACGGGGUUCUGACAUGCAAGAGAGGUGAGCUUCCCAGGCAGAAAUGGGGUGGGAGUUGAAUUUAACAGGCCUAAAAAUAGUAGGAGAGGUGCCUUCUGUACGUUUAUGCAAGGUGGCAGUGUCGGUGUGAGAGAUGAUCAGUUGCAAAGGGACAGUUAAAAGGAACGCCUGAAUAACAGGUCGUAAGAUAAGCCCACUAAAAGUGGCGUUUGAAAAGUGCCAAGGUAACCAUUAUCCCCAGAGAAUUCUUACAAUUUAGUGCUGCCAUUUACCUGAAAUGAAACAGGUCUGCGUGACUUUCAGUUUUUUCCCCCCCAUAUCCUGGGCCCAGCCACCCCAAAAAGGCAGCGAUUAGAUUCCUCGAUGCUUUGGGAUCCAGAGUGUAUACAGCUUUUCCAAGAAGAAAGUUGGAAGCGUUAAAAUGUCUUUACAAAAGCAGAUGAAUCAAGCUACUUCGAAGUGGGUGCUUAAAACUUCAGCAUUAACUGCUCAAAAGCAUUACGAACAAGCCUUGUUUCCCCCACCUUGCAGAUGACUAGUGUGUUCUACCCCAAUUCUACAGACUUUAGAUCCCUUGAGAUGGAAUUUUUGCUCUUGCUUGGUUAAGUUUCCGCUGCUUAUUUGGAUUAAAAACGGUUGAACUUUGGGGCAAGCACAACUCUGUGAUGUCCUGCUAUUCCCAGCUAGGAUUGGUCCACUUCUUUUAGUUUUAUGCAGUUCUUAGACUUUAAUUAGACACGUAGCAAUGAAAUUAGUUGUUCCUGCCCAAAAAUAAAAAUAAAAAACCUCAUGGGAUGAUCCGUUUCCUAGCAGUAGACCUGAAGCAAAAAGAUACCUUAGUAUACAACAUCUCAAAGGCAGCUGGCCGGGUGAUGUGUGAAUUUCAGGCUCCCGUGUUUGACAUGCCACAACAAGAGUGUUCUGCAAAACACUGGCUGCCGUGAAUGGCUAAAAGGCGAAGGAGAUCUUCAUAGUUUUACUAGAGGUUAGUGUUUCUUCAAGACUUGUUGCUCUUUUAGACCUACCAAGCUGCAACUUUGUGACUGCUGGUUGUGUGUCUAGAAGUGAAUUUUAAAGUUGGGAAGCUCCACAGCCAUUGCUAGGAUUGAUUUGUGCAUGCUGGAAUUUGCAGUGUAUCUUCUCGGACGGCUGAAGGGGAUGCAGUUGCGGCAUCCACCUCUGAAAUUGUAUUGCAGGCCUGUUUGUUCGUUUUUUUCCUUCCUGCUUCCCAUGGACCGGGCUGCACCGAGCAGAAGCACUGUAAUUUUUCCCCGUGUAAUUUCCCUGCAGCUCGAUAGCAACCUGCCGGGCAAACAAAGGCUCUUGGAAAAUCCCCGCAGUUCACUCACAUGCUUCCUUUAUGAACAGAGAAAUGUUGCUACUCCAAGAUGGUUUCUCAGACAUUUAAAAGUGAUGUUUGAAAGAAGAGUAAAGCAACCCCGCCUCCUUUCACACAAAAUCGACUUUACUUGCUGAGUCCAAGGCGCUGUCCCUACGCAACGAAGCAAGUGGGUGUUUGGGAAGUUGUAUUUCUUGAGUGGCUCUUAAAAGGGCGUGACUAGGGAUAUUCAGAUGCAAGUUGCUGUGUUUUUACACCAUUCUGCACUUCGGAGAUCAAGAGGAUGUGUGUUCUUGAGGAAAGUUCAGCACGGGUGGAUGUACAGUAUAAAUACACCUGAAAUACGGCUUUCUGGAUGUUGUCCACUGCCAAUGUUACGUUUUUUUCCUUGUUUCAAAGCAGGACCCUGUCCUCUUUUAAUGCCAUUUUGCUUUUCUUUUUCCUGCUAAGAAAUGGAAAAGGAGGAUUGCUUGUGCGGAUGCACAGAAUCCAGGCAGGCUGUUUUUCCUGCGGCAGAGGCUGCCUGCAAGUAGCCCCGUGUGGUGUUUAGGAAAAAACGUUGCUUUUUGUAAUGACAACAUACUUGAUUAGAAUCCCACUGGACUUUUUCUUCCUUCCACCUCAGUGGUUCAUAUGCAGUACUUCGUUGUGAACUUUUAAGCACAUGCACGCUUAUCUUUCCUUUGUAAUUUCCCCCCAUUUUUUAAAGCUUUGUUAUUCUCUAAAAAAUAAUUUAAGACCUGUAUAGUAUUCAAAGCACGCCAUGUAAAUAUUUAUUACUCAAAAACCAGUGGAGGGUUUUUUGGGGUGACUUUCUUUUUUAAUCUUGUUCUAAUACAGAUUUCCUUUUGACUUGGAAAAGGAAAUUAGUGUAACCUGAUAAUCCUGCUCUUUGUUCCCUUACAGAAGGUUGGUUGGUUGGUUUGAAUGCUAUAAAUAUAUUUUUAAAUUUC